AUGGGUCGCUUGCAAGGUAAGGUAGCGAUCAUCACAGGGGCAGGUUCUGGGUUUGGGGAAGCUAUUGCACAUGGCUUCGUCGUCGAGGGAGCCCGUGUCAUUGUUGCAGAUAUCGAUGUCCUGAAUGGGCAGCGAGUUGUUCAAGACAUUUCUUCCAAAGACUACUCUAGUGGUGGCUCCGCAGAGUUUCUAGAGACCAAUGUGACGAAAAGAAGUGAAUGGGAGAAGGUCUUGGACGUGGCGAAAGCAUCCUUUGGCAAAUGUGAUAUUGUUGUCAAUAAUGCAGGAACAACAUACAAGAAGCAGCCUAGUGCGGAAGUGUCCGAGGCAGAUUUUGACAAGGUCGUGACUGUCAAUAUAAAAAGCAUUUACCUCAGUGCUUCAGUUUUGAUGCCUUACUUUGUGAAACAGAAGUCGGGGGUUUUUCUUAGCACCUCAUCUGUGGGUGGCAUGCGAGCCAGACCUGGACAAGUACUGUAUGCCGGCACUAAAGGCUUUCUUAACACGGUCACGCAAGGAUUGGCCGCGGAAUACGGACCCUUUGGCGUGCGUGUUAAUUCGAUUUGUCCCUUGUUAGCGGCCACAAGUUUGAUGGAGUUAUUCACUGGUGUUCCGGAUACGCCUGAAGGAAGAGCAGAAUUUGCUCAGAGCGUCCCUUUGAGACGCAUGGCUCUGCCGAGCGAUAUCGCGAAUGCAGCCGUAUAUCUCGCAAGUGAUGAGGCCUCAUUUGUUAGCGGAGUCAAUUUCCCAGUGGAUGGGGGACGUCUAGCUGCGUAA